UUUUUGCAUGCAUGAGUUAAACGACAAGAGAUUAGGUAGAAAGAAAAGGACAAAUAUUAACUGCGCAUUGAUGUGGUGUCUCCCUUGCCAAAAUGAAUUUGAACACUAGAACCUCUGGUUCAUAAAUAUAUCGAAUCAAAAAGCAGCUGCCAAUGGAGGUACCUCUACUGACGGGGACCCAACGGUGGCGUACGGCCGCCGGAGAUCUGAACCGUGUGAAUCUGAUUGCGCUGCCGAUGAUCGUGGUGACGCUGUCGCAGUACCUUCUGCGUACGUCUCCGAUCUUCAUGUUAGGUCAUUUAGGCGAACUCUCUCUCUCCAGUGCUUCCAUAGCCACCUCUCUCUCCAACGUCACCGGAUUCAGCUUACUCUUCGGGAUGGCUAGUGCUUUGGAGACUCUGUGCGGGCAGGCAUACGGCGCCAAGCAAUACGAGAGAGUUGGGGCUUUCACUUAUGGGGCUAUUUUCUGUCUGUUUAUUGUGUGCCUCCCUGUUUGUGUGCUUUGGAUCUACACAGAGGAGUUGCUAAUUUUGAUGGGUCAAGAUCCUCUCAUUUCUGCUGAAGCUGGCAAAUACACCAUCUAUCUCAUCCCUACAUUGUUUCCCUAUGCUAUUCUUCAGUCUCUUGUUCGCUACCUGCAGACGCAGAGUUUGAUCUUUCCCAUGUUGUGGACCGCUUUACUCUCCCUCUGCUUCCAGUUACUCCUGUGUUGGUCUUUUGUGUUCAAGUUCAAUCUUGGAAACGGCGGGGCUGCCCUGUCCAUCGCCAUUUCCUAUUGGUUUAACGUUGCUUUGCUUGUGCUUUAUGUCAAGUUUUCACCAACCUGUGAGAAAACUCGCGCUUCCUUUUCCAAAGAUAUUUUUCUCACUGUGAGGGAGUUCUUCCGCUUUGCUGUCCCAUCUGCUGUGAUGGUCUGUUUGGAGUGGUGGUCGUUUGAGCUGGUGAUAUUGCUUUCAGGAUUGCUGCCAAAUCCAGAGUUGGCAACAUCCGUUCUUGCUGUAUGCUUCACAAUGACUUCGCUGCACUAUCACAUACCGUAUUCCUUCGGUGCUGCUGCAAGCACCCUGGUGUCGAACGAGCUUGGAGCAGGGAAACCAGAGGGAGCUCGAAUUGCUGUGUAUGCAGUGGUAGUUUUGGCAGUAGCGGAGUUCGUGAUAGCCAGCACGAGCCUCUACUUGUGCCGCGGCAUAUUAGGAUAUGCGUUUAGCGGGGAGAAACAAGUGGUGGAGGGCGUGAAAGAAAUGGUUCCUCUGCUUUGCAUGUCCAUCGUCAUGGAUAGCUCGCAGGCGGUGCUUUCGGGAGUAGCUAGAGGGAGCGGAUGGCAGCACAUAGGGGCGUAUGUGAAUCUGGGGUCUUACUAUAUAGUGGGGAUCCCAGUGGCUUUGCUACUGGGGUUUGUGCUGGACCUCAAAGGGAAGGGCCUUUGGAGUGGAUUGGUUGCAGGAACAACUGUGCAGGCUCUCUCACUUUCUUUCAUAACAUCUCUUACUAAUUGGGACAACCAGGCAAGGGAGGCCAGGCACCGAGUUUUUACUCAUAAAAUUCCACUGCCAGAUGAGAUUGAGGCCCAUUUAAUAGCAUGAUCCAAGUUUUGGUUGUUUUUUCUGUCCCCACCUUUUGGGCUGACAAUUUUCAUGAUUCUUCACUUAUACUAUACUACAAUCUUGUUUUUCCAAUUUGAAAGCCUUUUCCCCUUUCCAAGAUUAAUGCUUGCAGCAUAAUCUCCGGUUUCAAUUUCUACUGCUGCCUAUCUUAUUGAAUCUGUCAGCAAUGCGAAUAACAUGAUGCAUAGAGGCCGCGCCACGGUGGACUCGAUCGCAAGACAUUUAGCCUUAGACAUUAAUCAUUCUGUCGGUAGGCCAACUCAUGCACAUUAUUAUGUUUUUAUAUUUAUUGCUGUUGUUCUGUGUAUAAUAAACUAGCAUUCCUCCUAUGCAAGACACAAAAA